UGCCGUUUCAUCGCAGAACCUGGCCCGCCGCGGUGGCCGCAGCACCGCCUUUGCGUCAACCAUCACAGAUCCAAACAUCAGCUCGCGUAGCAUCCGCAUCUCGCGGCCAUUGGGACCAGGAGCACAUCUUCAUCUGAGCAUCCAUUCCAGAACUGCCCAGCAUCGUCUGCACACUGCCGACAACAGGCCAGUUUGUUACUCUGCCUGCAUCUUUUGUGCUCUUUCUGUUUGCUCUCUUUGGAUCAUCUCGGAUUAUUUUCUUUAUUGCAAUUACUCUGUUCGGGAUGGUUUCAUAUUUUUAACGCAUCAUUCUAAGGAGCAUCAUCGCAUUUCAAAUCAUUGAGCUGGUGAGCUGGAGGUGCAGGUUGUCCGGGUGAUAGAUAUCCCCUCAAAGAGCUCAGACCUCUGACCCUGAAGCUCCUGGACGCCUCACAGCAGCCACCAUGGGAACCGUUUUGUCUUUGUCCCCCAGCUACCGGAAGGCAGCCCUGUUUGAAGAUGGCCCUGCUACUGUAGGCCACUACACGGCCGUGCAGAACAGCAAGAACGCCAAAGACAAGAACCUGAAGCGCCAUUCACUCAUCAACGUGCUGCCAUGGAAGCGAAUUGUGGCAGUGUCGGCCAAAAAGAAGAGCUCCAAAAAAGUGCAACCCAAUGGCACAUACCAGAACAACGUGUCCCACCUGAACAACGAGAACUUGAAGAAGUCACAGUCCUGUGCUAAUCUGUCCAGCUUCACCCAAGAUCAAAGCAGCCCUGCUCUCAGCAAGAGCUCCAACAACACAACAUCCUCAGUCAAGAAGGCCCCCCUAACUAACUCCAAUGUGGUCCCUGGGACCCCUAAGAGAGUGAUCGUCCAGGCCUCCACCAGCGAGCUGCUGCGCUGCCUGGGGGAGUUCCUAUGCCGGCGCUGCUACCGGCUGAAGCACCUCUCCCCCACUGACCCCGUGCUGUGGUUGCGCAGCGUGGAUCGUUCCCUGCUGUUGCAGGGCUGGCAGGACCAGGGCUUCAUCACGCCCGCCAACGUGGUCUUUGUCUACAUGCUGUGUCGCGAUGUGGUCUCCUCCGAGGUGGCCACAGAGCAUGAGCUGCAGGCCGUGCUCCUCACCUGCCUCUACCUGUCCUACUCUUACAUGGGUAAUGAGAUCUCCUACCCACUCAAGCCCUUCCUGGUGGAGAGCUCCAAGGAGACUUUCUGGGACCGAUGCUUGUCCAUCAUCAACCUGAUGAGCGCCAAGAUGCUUCAGAUCAACUCCGAUCCCCACUACUUCACUCAGGUGUUUGCCGACCUGAAGAACGAGAGCCAGAAGGAGGAGGAGAGGAGCCGUCUGCUCAUUGGCCUGGACCGGUGAGGGGAUGCUGGGGGGAGAGAAGGGUUGAGGGAAUCAUGGGAAGGUUAACUCCAGUCUGGCAUUUUGACACUUUUUAAAGAUUAUCAAUGAUGCUAUUUAUUCACUACUGUCCAAACUGCCGAGUAGCCACGUUACUGAGGGAGUGUUUCAUAUUUGUAUACAGCAGUUUUGAAAUUUGAUUCAGUAUUUGUAUAUAUUUAAAGGAUAACAAUGCUCCUUAGGUACAGUGCUUUUUGGUUGCAAAUGUCAGGGCCAAAAUCUAUCCCGCAAAGGAUGUAAACCCAUGAAUAAAAGCAUUUUUAAGACUAUUAUACAGGCUUAUAGACAAAUCAUUCCUUGAUUCUUCAUAUUUUGCUUUCUUCUAAACUCUCAGUGGUCUUAAUCAAUAGUUUAGACUUUCCCAAGGUCUUUCGAAAAUGCAGUGUUUAUGCCAACAUGCAAAACAUUAUGUGGCGGAAAACUAACAUUGCACAUCUUGCUGAACCCACUAUUACCAUGGUGAAACACAGCAGUGGCAGCAACAUGCUGUGGGGAUGCUUUUCUUCAGCAUUGAUAGUCAAGAUGGUCAGAGUUGAUGGGAAGGUGGAUGGAGCUAAAUGCAGGACCAUCCUGCAAGAGCUGAAGGCUGCAGAAGAUCUAAGACUGGGCUGGCAGUUCACCUUCCACUACGACAACGACCCAAAACAUAAACAAGCAGAGACACAAUGGAAUGGUUUGUAAUCUGUAGCAAGACUUGAAAAUUGAUGCUCAAGUUUUUUUUAGUUUUUUUUUUUUACCUAGGAUGCUUUAUUACCCACUUUUAGUGCAGUACCUGAACGAUUACUUACAUUAGAGCACUUCUAAACUCAGUGUUUAGUGUGUACACCUAAUGACUUGAAUUAAGUCUUGACGCUCUUUGUUACCUGCACUCAGUUUGAAAAAUACCAAAAAAUGCCCAGUGAGACAGAGAGAAAAAAGUAGUUCUACACAAAAAAAAUGAGCUGUUAAACCUCAGCUUAAGAUGAUGCAUGUUCUUCAGCUCAAACUGAAGGACAUGCAUCAAGUCUCAAAGACAUGACUUCUAGGUACUGGUCCAGGAUUUCUUACAAUUGUCAAUUUCCCUCAUAUUUUUAAGUACACACUACACAAUUUUCUAAGAGAAGCUUUGAAAGACCUUCAGAAAGUCUGAAGAACUUUAAAUUAUCAGACAGUUUGAAUUCUUGGAGGCAAAAUUUAAAGAAAUUAGAGAUGAUUUAUAUACACUGUAUAUACAUUAAAAUGUCAGAUUUGGGUGAAUACUUUACCAACUGUUAGAUUAACUUUAAUUAUAUAAAAUACCAAACAAAUAGGAUAAAAUGACAAAAAAAACAAAAAAAAAACGUACUGUAAAAGGAAGCUGCAGCAUUGAAUGUGGACAGAACUGAAGCUGCAGCAGCCCACCAGUGACCUUCUGACUGUUUGACAAUGUGAUGUGCACUGCCUACUGCAGGAGGGUGAGAGCCAUCGCCUGACUGGCUUUCUUCAUGCUCCAUGGAUGAACAGGCAUCCCCAGCUGCCUCUCUGGAACAUCCCUUCCACUGACACCGACACGGACGUUUUUCUUUUUUGCUGUGAUGCAUAUCUGACCAUCAGAGGACAGAAAUGGCUCGAUCCAAUUGGAGUUGGAUUCAGAGUUUUGUUUUUUGGGGUAGGGGGGCUCUACAAUCGGAUGAACCGGACCAGAUGGACAGUCAGCUCUGCUCUGUUGAACUUUUAAUAAAAAAGCAAAAUAAUAAAAAAAAACAAAAAACUGGAUAAUGAAUAUUGUGUGUUCAGAAAGACUUUAUUCAAAAAAAGGAAAACAGGAUCAUGGAUGUUUUGCUCCAUGGAGGCUUAUUUAUUGCUUUGAUCUCCAACAAGUUUUCUUUUCUACUUAGAAAUGUAAUAUUUUGCACGUGUGCCAUGCAAUUUUAUGAAGCCCCCAGGAGUUGUUAUCAUUAUGGUUAUUAUGUUUUUGCUUUUUACUUGAUUUGCAAACCGACUGCGUCUGCAUUAGAGAAUGCUGUGAACAAAGUGACACUAGUUUUAUUUAUUUCUGCUUGCUAAAAUAGGCUAUUUAUUUACCAGGGAAAACAUUUCUAUUUGUACUUUUUUGUCUACUGGUUGUGUUGCAACCUCUCUUGUGCUCAUGCUUCGGUGUUAAAAAUAUUUUUACAGUGCCAUAUCAUUAAUGAUACUUACACCGACAUCUAACUUACUGUCGUUUAGGUAUUUAUCCUUUUCUGCACAUUGAGUGAUUAGAAAGGGAAGGGAAGGACAUAAAGGAGGGGUUGUUGGUGCUUAUUCUUUGUGGGAAUGAAGAUUGAGCUGUUUUGUUCAUGCUGUGGGCCUAUUCAUCAAAACCACUGUUUAAUCUGACCAUCACUUGGAAGCCACAAUGUUACCCUGUCAAAACAACACGACUCUGACCUUUUUUAACUUUAAGAAACCCAACUUUAUGUCCCACAUAUCAGAAACAGAAAAAUGCUUUAAUAACUCUAGAAAAGCACAGCUUAUAUACCUGAAGAGGAUCUACUGAAAACAUAAGAGAGUAGGCUACACGUUUCCGAAUAGGAAUCCUUUUUUUCUCUGUUUUAACUCUUCUGUAAAUCGGGGGUAAAAAGGAUGAAUGGACUACUGGUCGGACAGGAAAUAAAAGAGAACGUAGCGUUAAAAAGUCCUCAAAUAGAGAAUUAAAAUCAUUUCCCCACUCAACUUAAAAUGUGACAUGUUUCUUCACUUACAUUGCUCCCUAAUUGUGUAUAAGCUUAUACACCAUGACAAAAGACAAAAUUGAUAGCUAAAUUAUUUCUGUCAGAUUCUUUUCUGUAUCUUGUUGUUUGUAGAUAAAAACAGUGAUUAAAAACUUCAAAAAGAUA